UAUUGUUAUAAGCACCGGUUUUGUUUAAUUUAAUAAAUCUUAUCUUUUGCAAACAAAAUGCAAAUUUUACUUAUCGGGAGUCUACUAGAAACUACAAACCGCCGUAACAAUCGAAUACACUAGUUUGAAUGCUGGCAACACUGCUAAACGAUACUGCGAAAUUACCUGUCAGGACAUAAAACGUGCGUUUUCCAUCGUUCGACGAAGCAGUAGGCCAUGACGAGGAAAUACGCAACGAUGGCAAUGAUGCAUGUAGCCGUUUUUUUUUUUGGUUCUUUUUGGGGCAUAACAUUUCUAGAGUAUCUGAGAGCAGCGUGGUGCGCAUAAACGCUCUCCGGUUUUAAUAGAAGGGAAACCAAACACGUUUUCCUGUGCUCCUGUGGGUGUGUGCACGGACAAAACAAAUACAUUGGCAAAUUCACGACGCCCCAAAGUCGAAAACAUCAUCCUUGUACGAUUUACGUCAAACGCCAGGAUACGCAUCACAUUUUCAUCCCCGCCCGGUUUCGCGAGCGCUGGGGUGUAUUAUUUUGACAAAUUGUGUGUGCUGGAACGUUGUAUUUGGUGCUCUACUAUACUAGUGCUAGCGGCAUUUCAAGGACGGUGAAACGUUAUUGUACAAGCAUGUUUCAGGUAUUUUAGACAAUUCGGUCGGUGCUUUAGAGGGGGAUAGCUAAAAUGGCUACACGUACGAGUAUUUGCCAGUCUGUGCUUUGCCAUGGUGUGUUACUUGAUUAAAAAGUUCCUAUUUUGCAAACAACCAUAAAGUAAAUAUCACGACGGCAAUCGAUACCAUCGUAAUGAUGUGGUAGUGUUGUCUCCCUGUGAGGAGGAUACGACUUUUUUGUGAAAGAAACUGUAUUCCACGAUGAUGCCGUCGACGCAUUCUUGGAUCGCGAGAAACGCUUAGUCGAUUCAAUCAUGUUCGAUAAUCGAUUUUAACCAACCAACAAGAGUAGCGCCAACGCAAAUACACAGUAUAGGACAUUGGGGUUGAGAAAAAAUGCCCGACCCCGAGUGCCACAUACGAUUCGAUAACAACCCAUACGGAGUGUAUCUUGCCGGCCAAACUUUAGCCGGUCAGGUGGAGCUCCGUUUGACGGAGAUACUUAGUGUAAUUGGUAUAAGCUUGCGGCUUGAUGGACUCACCGAAAUAGAAUGGUCUGAAGUCGUUGAAUCUGCUACAGGACAGCCUGGGAGUCGUAAGACGACUCGCUAUCACGGCCAGCAAACGCUUCUCAACUCUACCAGCUUCCUGUGUGGCUCGUCCGUAGGGCCGGUGCGGGACCUGGCAAUCGGAACGCAUACGUAUCAUUUCUCCUGUGAACUGCCCACCCACCUACCGACCUCGUUCGAGGGUUACCACGCACGCAUCCGGUACACCGCCAAGGUUUCGCUGCAUCGGACGAAAGCUCGCAUCGAUCCAAUCGGGCAGACGAGCUUCACCGUGCUUCGGCAUUUGAAUCUGAACGAGCAUGGCGAGGUGCUGCUGUUGCCAACGAAAAGCGAACUGACGAAGGUGUUUUGCUGUGGACCGUGCUCUUCCGAACCACUAUACAUAUCGGCCCAGAUAGCCCGGUGCGGGUACAUUCCGGGCCAAACGAUUAUAAUGAAGAUAGACGCCGUCAACCGGAGCCGUACGACAGUGACCGAGUUUCGCGUAAAGUUGAUCCAGAAGCUGUGCUACACUAGCCAGCAUCCCACGGUGGAGGCAAACUCGGAUGCGCUCGUAGUGGCCGAGUCGCGCUGUUCCGGCGUUACCUCGGGCGAGGUAGUAAAACAUCAGCAAAAUUUGCUCAUCCCAGCACUACCGCCGACCUAUACCGAUGGUUCGCCCAUCUUCAGCAUCAACUACGAGCUGGAGGUGGAGGCACGGGUAACAGGGCCGAACAUUAGUCCACGGCUGGCAAUGCCGAUUACGAUCGGAACGAUAGCGCUGGAAGCGUCAGUACCGAAGGAGAAGUUAAAACCGCUUGCUAAACCACCGUGGGAUCCGUUUAGUUCACAGCACUACACGGAUAUCAUCGGUACACGUGUACCGGUCACCAACAUCGCUCGUCGUUCACAGGCGGGAAUGGACGAGCUGCCGAUCAAUUCCAACAACGUGCGUCUUCACUACAUUGUGCACCGGAACGGUGGCAUGCUGCCCGAUGAGAACUGAAAUCGAAUGGAGAACAGCUGUUGUUAUUUCAAGUUGCUUGCUAUUUACACUGAAUUAGGUAUUAAUAAUCGUUUUUGUUUUUUUAAAAUUGAAGAAGAAGAAAAAAACGAAACACUAAUGAGUACAAAGUCAAAUGAAACAGAUAAAAAAAACGAACACACAUACAUGUCAUCAAUUGCACACAUACACACUGCCUCUCGCCGCUUUUGGCAUGCCUCGGAAUGCUUACCCAAAAACAAAAAAAAAAAAAACAAACAAAAUGAUAUACAAAACGCACGCAUAAUUCAAUUAAACGGCGGGGAAGUCUCAGUGUUAUUGCUUUCCGUUCCUUUCUGUUCCUUUUUUAUCUACUCGUAAUAUAUCUUAUUAAAAAUGCCACCUUGUGCUGCUUAUGCCGUAUUAUGUGAUGCACCAUAAACUCCAAAUCAGCCUCUAAAUGUAUUGUGCUUUUCCGUGGUUGUAAUUGUGGGCAUGCACAUAAGCCAAAAAAAAAAACAGUUUAAGUACAACUUUAAAAAAAAAAAAACAAUUUCAAUUACACGCCCAACUCGUAUCGUACGCAUAUUGCGCCACAACGUUUUCCCUUUGGAUAAAGCAGAAGGUAUGUGCGCUUAUUGUCAAAGCUCAGAAGCAAAAAGGAUAAAAAGAAUGAAACCUCCGCUAAACUACCUCAAGUGCCAUUGAGAUUUGUUGCAAAUAUACAUAAUUAUGUGAAUAUGCUGCUACCGACCAACAGCGUU